AAAAUUUAAUCGUAAACUUUCAGUUGGUAGCUGGCAAACCUAACACUUGCUAAUCACCACCUGAUUACCCCGAACACAUCAAGAUUUCGAGAAUGGUAAAUGCACAACAAUUAGAGCUUUUAAUUAAGUCUAAGCUACAACCCACUCACGUUGAAAUCCAAGACUUGUCUGGAGGAUGUGGUCAAAACUUUGUAGUAACCAUUGUAUCUCCUUUGUUUGAAGGAAAACCAACUCUCGCUCGCCAUCGAUUUGUUAACCAUGAGCUUGAUGAAGUUGUGAAGCAGGUUCACGCAUUUACGCAGAAAUGCUAUACUCCAGCUCAAUGGGAAAGAAUAACGAACAAAUAAAUGAAGGUUACAACCGUAAACAAUAUCUUGGUAUUUAAGCUAUCAAGUUGGCUUGUCUUGCCUUACUUUGCAUUGGUUUUGAUCAUUGACCUAAUCCUUGAUCGUAUUUCGGCGUUGGUAAACCCGAAUACUAAAAUCCACGCUUUUUUCAACCAUAGUUUUGUUGUCUGCCUUCUAUUCUUUUCUAUGCCUAUUCAAUUGUAAGCCUUUGUGUAUUGAUACGAUUUACCAGCGCUUUACUGAGAGUACACGUGAGAUGGAGAAAUUGCUGAAAUCUCUCAUGUAAGGAUAUGCUUGGAUCCGUUUGGAUGUAAUUUACUUCUUUGCUAUGGACUUUGUCAAGGUUUACUUAAUAUGGGCAUAAGUAAGAAUCAGUAGACGCUUUGUACAUUGGUGGACAUGGGAUAGUCAUACUAUUUUUGUUUGUUUUAUUAUUUUUGAAGGGAAGUUCCGUUUGAGAAAGCUUGGUUUGGUACAGUCAAUACGCAUCUUUUAGUGUACGUGUUAGUCUAUCAUUGACUCACAAUCGGUCAUUCUAAAAGUUAAAAUCCCAGUUCUUGAUUAUAUGUUUGCUUUUCAUGGUUCCAUAGUUAGCCUUCAAAAGUAGCCAUUACAUUCAAUUAUUUUUUGUUUAUUCUAGAGGAAAAUAAGCCGCAAAUUUCUGCUUCUUGUUAUCAAUCUUUCAGUACAAACAGUUCUUGAAUUGGUUCAAUAAUUAUUAUAGUAAAGAGUGCAUUGUCAUAUUCUGGUGCACUUUAUAAUAAUCAUAAACUCAGCAUA